AUGAUGGAGGCACCAGAUGCAGGAGACAGGGGCAUCGAGAAUUGGGGUGAGCCUGAUAAGGGGGAAGCACAAGGAGGGGAUGAGCAGUCAUGGGGGAGGCAAGAGUUAAUGUCAAGUCCAGUGGUGGGGAGAACCCAGGGUGAGCAGGAGGUGAGAACACAAGAGGUAGGGGAGCAAGGGGUGAGAAAGCAGGUGGGAGGGGAGCAGGGGGUGAGAAAGCAGGAGGUAGGGGAGCAGGGGGUGAAAAAGCAGGAGACAGGGGAACAGGGGGUGAAAAAGCAGGAGACAGGGGAGCAGGGGGUGAAAAAGCAGGAGGUAGGGGAGCAGGGGGUGAAAAAGCAGGAGACAGGGGAGCAGGGGGUGAAAAAGCAGGAGACAGGGGAGCAGGGGGUGAAAAAGCAGGAGACAGGGGAGCAGGGGGUGAAAAAGCAGGAGACAGGGGAGCAGGGGGUGAAAAAGCAGGAGGUAGGGGAGCAGGGGGUGAAAAAGCAGGAGACAGGGGAGCAGGGGGUGAAAAAGCAGGAGGUAGGGGAGCAGAGGGUGAGAAAGCAGGAGGUAGGGGAGCAGGGGGUGAGAAAGCUGGAGGGGGAUAAGCAGGAGGCCAUAGCUCAGCUCUGGACGGGGGUGGGAUCUCACAGUCUUGUAGUGGUGAAGGUGCCUUUCUCCCCAGUCGAUCUCGAGGCAUGGAUGAGACUGGCAGGACCCUACAGAGAAGAUCCAGAGAGAGUAUCUAGAGUAUUUGAAACCAUUCUCAAGACCCAGAACCCGGACUGGGCUGUUAUACAAGUUCUAUUAGAUACUCUAUUAGAUUCCACAGAAAGAGAGAUGGUACUCAGGACUGCCAGGAAAGAGGUGGACAGGAUAGGUACAGCAGGUGCAUUACCAGGAACUGUGGAAGAGCAUUUUCCCUCCCAGGACCCCAAAUGGGACCCUAACACAAAGGAGGGGAGGGUUUUUCUGGUACAAUAUCAACAAUGGAUAUUAUUUGGCUUUAGACAUGCAAUGCCAAAGGCAAUCAAUUGGUCUAAACUUUAUGAGGUGAAACAAGAACCACAUGAGACUCCAACUGCAUUUGUGGAACGCCUAAGGGCAACUGCCAGGAGAUACACUAAUAUUGAUCCUGAAAAACCAGAGGAAGCUGUACAGCUGGCUUCCAUUUUCAUAGGGAACUCAGCACCGGAUAUUAGAAAGAAGUUACAAAAGCUGGAAGGAGCAGAGUCUCGUGACCUGGGAGAACUAUUACAAGUGGCCUGGAUAGCUUUUAAUAAUAGGGGAGAAGAGGAAGAAAACAAGAUACGGGAGAGAGAAAAGGCGAAGGAACAGAAAGAAAAGCGACGCGGAAUUGAGUGGGAGGAGAGAAAAAAGAAAUGGGAAAUGGAAAGGAAGGAGAGAGAAAAGAAACGGGAGGUGGAAAGGAAAAAAAGAGAAAGAUGUAGGGAUGCAAUGCUCAGCGCAGCCCUGCAAAGGGCGCUGUUUAACCGCAGGACGGAGCGGGGCUCUGCCCGCGCAGCCCUGCAGCCGAACCAGUGCGCCUAUUGUAGGGGACUGGGGCACUGGAAACGGGAAUGCCCCAAGAACCUGAAAGGGCCCAAGCUCACCCAGCUAACCCUCCAUCAGGAAUGACGGGAACCGAGAGUGAGAGCCCCAGCUGAGCCACUGGUAACAAUAGAGCUGGGGGAAAGAGAAAAUUGACUUUCUAAUAGUUUAUUAUAUCACAUAAACUAUAAAUAUUGACUUAUAUAUAUAUAUAGACUUUCUAAUAGUUUAUUAUGUAAAAUAGUUUAUUAUAUUAUAAAUACUUAUUUGGUAUUAAAUACAAAUCAUGGAAAAUUAAACCAAGAAACUGUAAAAGUUGUUGGUGCAACAGGGAAAGAGGAAAAACAAACAUUCUUUAACCUUAUUAACUUUAAAUUUGGCAAAUGGUGGAUGACAUCCCAAUUUUUAUAUAUGCCUGAAUGUCCAGUUCCUCUGUUAAGAAGAGACCUGCUAAGUAAACUGGAGGCACAGAUUUUGUUUAAACCUAGAGAAAUGCAAUUAUUGGUGCCCGAGACUAAAGCCAUCGAGGCAAGGACUUUUAUGUUGCAGGGAACACUGGAACCUGACAAUUCUGGAGGAAUACCAGAAAUAACAGAAAAUGCAGUAAAACACUCUUGACUUGGACCGGUGGAACUCCAGGCCAUUCCCAACAAGCUCAGCCUCCUGAGGAUCACAUACCCAUCCAGAUCUGGAAAUCUGAGCCACUUCAGGAGCAGUGGAAAGGACCUUCUCUGGUUCUGUUGACUACAAGGCCAGCUGUGAAAGUGGAAGGAAUUAACUCCUGGAUACUUUGCUCCCAAAUUAAGAGGACUCCUGACUCAGACUGAAUUGUGGAGAGCACCGGACCCUUGCUGCUGAAAAAGUUGAAGACAUCUGUAAAGGAGCAGCAGAAUGUAUAGACUAAUAUUUAUGGGCAUUAUUUUAUCUUUAGGUGGAGAUAAAAUAAUUUUAAAAUUAUUUUAAAUUAUUUUAAAUUUUUAAAAAAUAAUUUUAAAUUAUUAUGAUUUUUUUCUGAAGAAAAUUUGCAGAAAAUUUAAUAUUGAAGAAAGUUUAAUUUGAAAGAAAAUGAAGAAGAAAAUUUAAUAUUGACUUGAAUCCAAGGGUUUGGUAAGAUGAACAAUCUGUCCAGCAUUACAGCCUGCCUCCCUAUCCCCAGUUCAGCAGGGGAACCUAUUUCUUGGGGAAUUAUCCCUUUAUAUCUGUCAAUGGUGAUUCAAUAUGAUAAUCUGACAUUACAAACAGACUGGCCUUAGAUCUAAUGCUGGUCAAAGAACAAGGGGGUUGUGGAUAUUUUAAAUUGGAUAGAGAAUGUUGUUUUGUGUACACAUCCCAAAUGUAACAGAAGAUCUCCAGAGACCACAAAAUGUGAGCAGUUGCUGAGGGUAGCAAAACUAUCCUGAAACUAAUUGGUUCAAUAAAAUUCUUCAAGGAAUAGUGUGAUGGUCCCUGAAAGGAGGGCUGGCUGCAAUACUGGAAACCAUCAUUACUGUAAUUGUAGUUGUAAUAAUUAUCAGUACUGCUAUUGGUUGUGUUUGCAAAAUGAUCAAGUCAUAAUCUUGUGGGAAUAUAGAUAGGUGACUAUAGAUAGAAAUCGAGUUGGAAAUUAUCAAAUGGCCUAAAUGAAUUUGAGAUGUUUCAAAGGGGGGAAUUGAUACCAAAAGGGUUAAUCAAAUUUCUGCAGUGUCUUUCUACUUUUAGCAAAAAGAAAUGGUGUAUGCAGGAGCUGCUUUCUCAGCAAGGACCUAUGGAAUUCCUAAAACAUCUGGCUUAGGAAUGCAGCUACAGCCAAACCAAGACUAUAAAAAAACCUGAACCUGGGAGCAUGGAGAGGGUUUUAUGGUAAUAGGCACUUAAAAUAUGCAUGUGGUGAUUGUAUAUAAGCAAUGCACUUGUAGAGAAUCGUGUGCACAUUAGGUGGAGCUUAUCCUGUAAUAAAUGAUGCCUCUUCUUAACACUACAUUGGUGUUAAAGAGUUUUAUUUUACUCAGUUUUUGAUGAAUUUCAGUGACAGAACAAGGGGCUGAUGGUUCUGCAGCCCAGUGAUGUCUCAGUGUGGGGCUGCUUUCCACUUGAAGUUGCCACACACUAUUUCAGAGUUAUGUUCUACUUAUUUAAAUACUCAAAAGUCACAUCUAAUUUAUGGAAGCCAAACUUCUGCACUCCUGUUUUUCAUGCAAGGUGCGCACAUGUGCUCUCUUAGUAACUGCAAUCCAAAAAAACCAAUUUCAGCAGAACCUGACAGCUGUGCUCUUGCAUCUAAUGGCCUCUGAGUGGUGACAGCCAGCUGGGAGGCACAUAUUUGUGGAUGAAUCCAUGGAAAGAUGGAUGAAUUCUGCUGUGGGAAUAAUUUCCCUGCCUUUGCAUACAAGUAAAGUCAAUGCUGCACUGUUUGCUCUAUGCAAACAAUGCUCAUGUUGUACCAGACAAACUGUUUGCAGAAGAGCUUCCUUUUUGUUUUGUUUUUAAAAGAUCUGCAGUAAAAAUAAAUACCAAGGACAUUCAUCCAGUCCAGAAACAUAAAUAAAACACUAGAGCCAUAAACCUAGCCCAAAAAUUGAAGCCAACUGACUUAAUUCAAAAUAUUUUUUACCAACUCCACUGCCAGCAAAGGGAACAGCAGCUGUGUUGAAAUAACUGCUCUGGGAAAGCCACAGUGCAGCACCAUCACCCUGUGCCUGGGCAGGGAGGAAAAGUCCUACCUGGCUCUUCCUGAGCAACUCUGGGGAAAGCCCUGUGGCUGAGUGGUGCUUCCUAUAGACAUGAGGACAUGUCAUCAGGACAUGACACGAGCUACUUUUUGCAGAAAAGGGGUGCUUGGCAGCAAGUAAAAGGAUUUUUAGUGUGUGUUUUCAGACUAGACUAAACUGCUCAGCCACCUAAACAUCUCUUAACAACUUCACCCAACCCCAGGUAAAUCCCUCCUGCCAUGCAUUUAGGGAGCACUUUGUCCAAAAUGAUUAACUGCCUGUCUAAUUACCACAACUCCAAGUCUGGUAGUUAGAGAGCACUGCCCCAAACCAUUAAUCACCCCAGAGCAGGGUGAGGAAGGCCAGCAGCAAACUCACCUGCUGGGCACCUGAUUGAUGCUCCUGCUUUCAGCCAGCUGAGGGGAGCAGAGCCAAGGCACAGAGAGGCUGCUCCCAAGGGCUGUGACCUGAGGAUUCCUGGGAGCUGCACUGCUCCAGGGCUCCUGGGUUGUGCUGGGACAGGAUCCUCACCUCGCCAUGCUCCUGUGCUUCAGGAGAGCUCCUCCUGGUCCAUGACAACCCAGCUCCAGGGCCUUGCUGAUCCAGACCAGCAGCGUUCUACCAAAGGAAACAGGCUGGGAGAGGAUGCUCCAGGCUGUGUGCAAUGGUUUUCCCUAUUGUAAACCAAGAGAUGGCCCAGCAUUGAUCAUGGCAGCUGAGAUGGCCACAAACAGCAGCCAUAGACAAUAACCAGAGACCCUGCAGAGCCUGGGACAGAGCCUGGUCAGAUCUCAGACUGGAAACAGGCUGUUACAGAUUACUGAUGCUGGGCACUACCUACCACUAGGAAGGUCAUGGGAGCUGUGUGUGCUGAGCCUGCCAGACUGGGAACAGUUUCUUCCUGGAGCCCAGACUGCAAAUUCCAGCUAGGCUAUAUGGAAACAGAGGCUAUGCUGCUGGUCUGGUGGGUGAAGGAGAGGGAGAAAACCUCUACUUUCGUGGAUUAUUUAGGAUAAGUUGGAGUUCCUGAAUAGUUCCUGAUCAGCUAAAAGAGCCCUUGGGAGAGGGGAAGGAGUAAUCUUCUCAUCCCAUAAACCCAGGAGAUGCUCCACAAUAGGGUAGAUACUUGGGAAGAACAUUUGGCAUAUGAGAAUUGCUUGUUUCAGGAAGGACUGGGGGAUGGAAGUUACACAGAAGAGUAACUUCCUUUUAGUUCACCUAAAGAAAUAGUAAGUGUGGAUUUUCCAGUACUGUUGGGUGGGACUGCACCCCUUUGGUAUUUCAGUCCCUCUUUUAGAGGUGUCCAAAUGACCAGGAAACAAAGUCCUGUUGGUUUUCAGUUUUAAAUACAAAUAUAACAAAAUCUUUAAAAAUAUGGACUCAUAGGCAGAAGGACA